UACCACCGCGGCCUGCAAGAAGGGCGUUCGGAAGCGCCACAGGGCGAUGGGGACAGCUCGAGGGCAAGGACAGGGCAAAUGCCGCACGUGCAAACGUAGCCGACAGAUACGGGUACACUGGGCAAAGACCGAGUAUGGUCGGAGCGCAAUCAACAAGCAGACCCCCCGCGCGGAACACGGGCAAGCGACGGGCGACGGCACACACACUGACUGCAAGUGCACUCGGCGAAUGCCCAGCACGCAAGCACGGCCGACGAACGGACCCCACGCGCGUGAGCAGAAGACCGGCGAUGGUGACGUUGGGCCUGAGGGCCGGGGCACGCACAACACACGCCGACUGCGAGCGUGGAGGGCGAAUGCCUACUACGCAAACAUGGCCGACGAGCGGUCAGCGCACACACUGAGCGGACAACCAGCAGACAGCGUACACGCCAACCAGCGAGCACGCAAACAUGGCCGACGAACACACGCAGGUGGGCGGGCACACGCAGGCGACGACGACAUGCAUGGCAACGACGAGCACGCCGGGCGAAUGCCCAGCACGCAAACGCAACCGACAAACGGACCACGCGUGCGUGACGGAAGAACGGGCGAGGGCACGCGGAGGACUGGGCACUGACGGGUCAGCAGCGGUGGGCAGGGCCGGCACGC